GAUGCCAACUACAUGCGAAGUUUGUUGCUCUCCUGCGCGUCCUGUCCGUCCUCGAUCCCGCCUCCCUCCCCGUCCUCUCCUCCGCUGCAAUUCGGGGCGCCGUGCGGACUCCUUCACACGCCAUGCCACGCUCGCCAUGUGCAGCAUUCGCCUGCUUAGCCGCCCUUGCUCCCUCGCUGUCCCUCGCCGCGUCGCUGUCGCUGUCGCCCUCGCCUAGUCGCUCCGGCGCCCAAGUCUCCGACAACCUCGACCCUUCGUUUGCCGGCUUCGGCAUCGAGCCCUCGAAUCUGUUUUCCUUCACCGGCUGGAACGAGCCCAAUGAGUUUUCCAUCCAGCUGCUGCAGAACCUGGCCGACUAUUCGGGCGCGCCCCCCCACAUCCGCGUGGGCGGCAACACCCAGGACUACAUGAUCUACGAUGCAGACUACGAGGAUUUUGGCUGGAAGAAGAACCCCCGUUCCACCGCACAGGGCGUCAUCGCCGCAGACUCCAUGAUCAUCGGGCCCAACUACCUCGCUGCCCUCGACCGAUUUCCCAAAGACACCUUCAUCACCUACGGCCUCAAUCUCGCCUACAAGGGCGAAGACUACCUGGACAAGAUUGUCAACCACUCCAGGGCUGUCGUGGAGAACCUCAAGAACACCCGCCUCUACUCGUUCGAAAUCGGCAACGAGCCCGAUCUGUACCUCGAGAAUGGCAUGCGUGCUGCCCCCUGGGACGGCCAGACCUUCACCACCCAGUUCAUGGAGCGCGCCGACACCGUCUACCAGAAAGUCCUCAAGCCCAAAGGCAUGGCUCCCACGUUCUUCGAGCCUCCCGCAACCGCCUCCACCAUCGGAACCACGUUUGAGAUCGCAAUGUUGAACUCGGACGGCAUCUUGGAUAGAAUGAACGGAGAGUACUACGUGGGAUGGUGGAACCAGCACGACUAUUUCUACUUCAUUGGUGUCACCCCGACGCCCAUAACGUUGAAUGAUCUCAUGGACAUGGACCAGACCAACACCCAGUUUGCGUACUGGGAGAAGCAGAUCAAGAUUGCUCUCAACACUGGCGUUCCCUAUGUUCUGCGUGAAAUGAGCUCCAUAGGCCCCAUCGGCAUGCACAAAGUCAGCGACACGUUUGGAGCCUCUCUCUGGACACUCAACUUCUUCCUCUACAUGGCCACGCUCAACGUUUCUUCGGUCCAGAUGCACAUGACCGACAACUCCAAUGCCAGUGCUUGGCAACCCAUCAACGUGUACGGCAAGGACCCUUUUGUGCGGCCACAGUACUAUGCUCAUGCCGCCGUUGCACAAAUCAUCGGAAACGGCAACGGAACCACGCAGAUAGGCGCCCUCGAUGUCGGCGGUGCCGGUGGCGACUACAAGGGACGCAUCCGCGCGUAUUCUGCCUACGCAAACAGCGCUUUGCAAGCUGUUAUUCUCAUCAACUCCAAACAAGUCAAUGCUUCCGAGUCGAACAAGGCUAGCUUCACCUUCAACGUCCAAAUGGGUGCCUCCAACGCAAACAAGAAAAUCUACAUUUCAUACCUGACCGCGGACGGCGCUGAUUCGUUGACUGGCACCACCUGGAACGGCAUGACCUUCUCCGACGAGGACGGCCAGGCCAGUGUCGUUGAUGAGAGCAUCUACCAGUACUCAUUAGAUGGCAACGGUGCCUUUUCCAUCAAUGUGCGCGACUCCGAAGCAGUCGUCGCCAAUCUCGACUGGCAGCUCGGCUCUAAUAAGGUCAUCAAGGUCGACGGGUCCACAACAUCUGGAAGCAGAAGAAAGAAUGCUGCAGCACCGUCAGUAACCGGAGCCGGCCCUGCCAUCUGGGCAGCGGUUCUCGUUUCGUUCCUCACCUUGGCAACCUCGCUCGGUGCGUUCUAAUUGACCACCAAGACAUGCAU